AUGACUACCAUCGAUAGCACCAAGGACUUCGACUUCAUAGUCAUUGGCGGUGGCACGGCCGGCUGCGUUGUCGCUGGACGCCUGGCCGAGAACCCCAAUGUGAACAUCCUCAUCAUCGAGGCCGGCGUCAGCAACCCGAAGGACAACGAAGCCAUCACGACGCCCGCCCGAGCUUUCGAACUUAGAGGCAGCAAAUGGGACUGGGGGUACAAGACGACCAUGAUCGACCGCCCCGAAUAUACUCGCAUCGAGAAGCCCAACACCCGCGGCAAGGUUCUAGGCGGCAGCAGCUGUCUCAACUACUACACUUGGAUCCGCGGCAGCGCGGCCACCUUUGAUGACUGGGCUCCCUUCGGUGGAGAUGAGUGGACAUGGGCUGGCUGCAAAGAGUAUUUCGACAAGCCAGCCACUUUCCACGACGACCAGAGCCUCUUCCCCAAGCACUUGCAGCACAUCGGCACUUCGGGGCCCAUCCAUGUAUCCCCUGCCGAGCUUGUCGCUGAGGCCGCUCCCUUCCGUGAAGCUCUAAAGAAGGCCUGGGUCAGCAAGGGUGAGAAGCUGAACGAUGAGAUCUACGACGGUGAGAUGCAUGGCCUGGCCACCGCCGUGAGCUCCAUCUAUAAGGGCACCCGGUCCUCCAGCUGGCUCUUCCUCGAAGGCAAGAAGAACGUGACUGUUCUGGGCCAGACCAACUCCAGGCGACUCAUCAUUGAAGACGGCCAGGCCGUCGGUGUUGAGGUCAUCGGACCUAAUGGCGAAGACCUCACUUUCCGGGCCAAGUACGAGGUUAUCGUGUCCUCGGGCGUCUACGAAUCACCCAAGCUCCUGAUGCUUUCCGGUAUUGGCCCCAAGGAACACCUCGAUUCUUUUGGAAUUGAGACGAUCGUCGACUCGCCUCACGUUGGUCAGAACCUUCUUGACCACCCUAUCAUGCCCCACGUCUUCAAGCUUAAGGACGGCUAUGGUCUCGACCAACACCUCCUACGUGCCGGUCCCGAGAGAGAUGGCGCAGUGUCAUCUUACCGCUGGAAGCACAAGGGCCCGUUGAGCAGUGGGCUUCUUGAGCUAGUUGGUCUGCCUCGUGUCGACGACCGCCUCAAGAACUGUCCAGAGUAUAUCGAGUAUCUCGAGCGGAAUGGAGGAGUCGACCCCUUCGGCCCUGGCGGCCAGCCUCAUUUUGAGAUCGACUUUGUCCCCAUGUUCUGCGAUGCGUUCCAGUGGCAUAUUCCCACCCCACCUCAGGGUGACUACUUCACCGUCAUCGUCGACCUGCUUCGCCCCCUUUCUCAAAACGGCACCGUCACGCUGAACUCGACCGACCCCCUUGAGCAGGCGAAGAUCAACAUCAACUUCUUCUCCAACGAUCUCGACCUCAUCGCCAUGCGCGAGGGCGUUCGCUUCGUUGACGACAUCGUAAUGAACGGAGAGGGCAUGAAAGACAUCAUCGAGAGCGACUACCCGUGGCCCAUGCCCCGCAACUCGGAUGAAGCCAUGAUCAAGAUGAUCCUGGAGCGCUCGCAGACCGGCUUCCACCCCUGCGGUACCACCCGUAUGUCUCAGAACAUCGGACAGGGCGUCGUUGACGGCAAGCUCCGUGUCCAUGGCGUGGACAGACUCCGAGUUGUCGAUGCUUCCGUCAUCCCGGUCAUCCCCGAUUGCCGUAUCCAGAACGCUGUCUACAUGGUUGCCGAGAAGACCUCGGACAUGAUUAAGGCUACUUACCCAGAGCUGUACAACUAG